AUGCCAAGCAACGUUUUGCUCAAUUUCGAUCGCAGGGGCACCUACAUACACAGGAUCAACACAGGGAUGGAGCUGCAAGUGACAUCCAGCGAAGAGACUUUCUUCCGCAUCUUCUACGACCUCGAAGUCUUCGGUGUGCCCGUCUACUACGACAUGGCACGAUCGAUCAUCACCUUCACACGUGGUGACAACGCAGCUUGCGCCAUCCAUGUUGCAAAUAUUGCAUCACAGAUGCGACUUGUACUCGGCACCUACAUGGACAAUCUGCAUGAUAAGAUGAUUGCACAUUCUGUCUGGCUGUCAAAGGUGCAGGGCUUCCAGGCGUGGGGCAUUGGCCAUUACGAUAAGGAAACAGACAAGUGGGAGACGUUCGAUGGGCUUAGCGGUAACCAGGUACUGCUAUUCCAGGCGCUAGAUGCGUUUUUGGGAAUUGAACAAUAUCUUGCGCCAAGAGACAUGGAAAGGAACUUGCCAAAGAGGCAGAGAGAAGUAUGCUAUGCUUUCAGAAAACACUCAUUUCGUCGAUCACUCGGCCAGGCAGAUAUGCAUGACAAGAAUAUCGUGGAAAUAGUGCGGAGUUUUGAGGAGAUCCUGAGACGGCUGAGAUUGUUCCGCGCAGCGCAUCGUACGAGAUCGAAAGCCUAUCUAUCUCAGCCUGCGCCUGAACGGAUGCCUAUGACAGCUGGAAAGUCGUUACUAGAUCCAAGUCUUGAUGCCAGUCUGGCGUUUCUCGACGGCUUCAUGGUUCGACGGCUGGCGCAGACGGUAUAG